AUGAUGCUGUCAAUGAUGACCAAAGAAAUCGUCACUUGUAAAGAUAGUCCCUCUCGAACUUGUGCUUGUUCUGACUUUUAUGACCCUGACUCUCCAUCGAAUGCGAUCGAUUAUUCUCAACUGGCCACAUUUGUCUUUCCAAAAUGUAAGGACGGGUCAAAUACUCACUCCAACGAUCAAGAGGUGUUGGAAGAAGCUGAAGAUGAUGUUUGCACUCUCCAAGACUUGUUUAUUGAGCAGGAAGAGGAAUGCUCUGUUCACUUGGAGUUAGAUUUUUCAUCUGAAGAUGAAGACAUUAAUGAUCUUAGUCAACAAGAAGAAGAACUCAGUUUUGAUGCACCACUCGACCAAUGUUCUCAAAUUUCAAAUAACUCGUACAAGUUUUUGACGUAUUCAAAGUCGAUCACAAUGUAUGUGACUCUUAUUUUGGUUUGGCUCCAAUGGAUGUGCAAUCAAACCAUUCUCACUCUCUCCAUAGCAAUCUUGUUCGUGGUAAUUCUCUCAAUUUUUGAACAUCAAUUGAGGACGAAUAUUUCUCUUUCAAACACAAACGCUCAAUUGCAAGCAAUGAUUCUUCAAAAAAAAGGAGCUAUACGAAAAAGUUAA